UCGAUACCUGAUUCAAAUUAAAUAAACUGAAAAGUAGAUAAUAGUAAAGUUAAAAUUUGGAGAAGUUAUGUGGUCCACUUGUAAUGAUUUAUAGAGUCCAGAUAAGUUAUUCUACAUUUUUAGGGAGAAGUUUCAGUUUCUAGGCUUGAAACGUGUGGAUAAUGGCAAGAGAUUGUAUAGGAUUUUCUAUUCUCCUAAAGAUGAUUGAAGUGAUUAAUGGGAUCAGUGAUUGAUGAUUGGAGUGUUCUUACAACACUCCAUGCGCCAGUGAUUACUUCGUGUAUAGAAAUUUUCUGUACUUGGGAUUGCAGAAAAUCUACGCUCUACUAAAAGAAAUGACUAUCGUCGUUAACACAGCCAGUUUUACUAUUAACAAAAAUAUUCGCGAAGUGUAAUAAAUCCGAGUACUGAUCCUCUUGAAUAUAUGCUUCAUUAAUUAAGGACCUUAAAAAGGAAAGCUAAGAUGCUUAUCCAAUCACCUGUUGCCACAUCAGCAUGCAAAGAACUGUUAGAACAAAUGAUCAUCCAGUUAGAUUUCAUCUAGUUCACGGUUCAUAAUAUUCUGAUUAUUUAAAUCAUUAUCAUUUAAUUCAAUGUGGAUAUUUGUAAAAGUGCUGCUCCAGUAGUGGAAUUAUUGCAUAUUCUUAAGCUACCGUUUGGUUUAAGUAAUAGAAAUAUUAAAUUAUCAUGGAUUAGAGAGAUUCUUUUUUUCUUUUUUUUUUAGCUUUUCAAUUCAAGUGAGUUAAUAAGUUAGUAAUGAAUUUAUCAUUCGAAAUAUAAAAUAUAGAAUAUUUUUAAAAUAUUAUAAAUUUUGAAUCAAACUGACUCCUUUAAUAAGCCACCGUUUGGUUCGGGGUUAAAUAAAAAUUAUUAUUCCAAGGAUAGAGUUAAGUUCAGGGUUAAGGUGGGGUUAGAGUAAUUUUGUGUUUGGUUGAGAAUUGAAUUUUGUCCAGAUAUAAAUAAAAUAGUGUUUGGUUGGAGUAGGUGGAAUAAGAAGGAUAGUGGGUAAAAUAGUGUUUUGUUUGAUUGGAAUAGUGGGGUGGGGCGGGGUUAGAUAACCCCACCCUCCAAAUUAGGUGUUUGGGAAUAACUUCGGAUGUUAUUCCACCUCUUAACCCCGAACCAAACGGGUGAGGGUUUCAACUUUACCUUCCAUUUUGUUAAGAUUCCCCUCUCUCUCUCUCUCUCUCUCUCUCUCUCUCUCCUUUUUUGAACUGUCACACUCCGCUAUUGCUUGGAAGCCAAGUCCAGUUAGUAUUACUCCAAAACUUAUUCCCCAGAAAAGAUCAAAGUAUUUUGGUGGAUCCAUCAAGAAUGGUAGGUAAAGGUGAAACCGCAACUCUUUUCUGGAAAAUUUCAACUACCCAAGAAAACCAACAUAUUAACCCAAAAAAAGAGAAAAAAAAGAAGAAGAGGAAUUUGGGUAAAAAGAUGUUUAGUGAUCCCUCAACUAUAUAUCCUUUUGAAGUAAGUUAUUUUUAGCAGUUAAAAUUCAGAAAUAUGUUAAAUUUAAUGAUGAUUCUGUUGAGUUUUGAAUUUAAUUUGUUUGAAUACUUUUCAUUUAAUAAAAAUUGCGGAUUUCAUUGACUCUCAAUUGCUAUGAAAAGCUAAAAAGGCCCUUAAUUUUAACAAAUUCUGACUCAAAUUGAAAUAAAAAAAAAAGAUGUUAUUUAAGGGGAAAAACAAAAAGAAGAUAAGUUGAAUGUUCUAUUUCAAAGUAACCUAUAGUUGAGGGGAUCUCCAUCAACUUUUAUUAAAAAAAAAAAUAGAAAAAGACUCAUACAUCAUACAUUGUGGCUUGUCUCUUGCGUGACUCCUCUUCUUACUCUCUUUGCUUCUCCUUGAAGCUCUUUGGCAUCAAGUUUCCCUUUUCGAAUUGAUUAUAUCACUACCCAAAUUACUCUUUUCCCACCCCUCUCUUUAUCCAUUCUCCCUUUUCCAAAAAGUGUGUGUGUGCGUGUGUGAUAAAGAGAGUAAAAGAAACACCACAACAUGAGCUUUUCUUGAGUGUUUGUUUCUAUUGAAUCUUGUUUCUAAGGUUUAGAUAACUUUUUUAAGUUCCCACCGGGAUUAUGGGAAGGUCGGUUAUGCCGUGCUUUCGCCGGAGGAGCUUUCUGGCAGAUGAUGCUGAUGCUGUCGACGAUGAUUCGUCUGCCUUCUGCGCUUCUCUCGCCGACGGCCUUCGAAGGCUCGAGGAGUCGUUGGCAAAGGAUUCGAUAUCCCUCAAGUGGUCGGCCGAGGUGAUGAGCCUUUUCAAGAAGAUGCAAGUGGAGCUCCUCGCCGUCGUCAAGAAAUCCAAGUUGCCUAUCACUUACGGUGCCGAAGAAGAUUGGUUUGAUCAGUACAUGCAAGAAACCGCCGCUCUUUUGGACUUUUGCAACGUGUUCAAGUCGGCGAUCUCCGGUUUCAACCGAUAUUGCAUGAUCGUAGACCUCGCUAUCCAAAUACUCACCAAAGAUGCUCCCGGGUUGAUCGAUAUCGGUGAGUUCGAGUUCGAGAGGUUAGAGAGAGCUACAGGAAAGGUUUUGGAUGCCAAAGCAGUGAGAGAGACAUUAGGGUUAGCCGACACGAUCACGGCAUGGGGCAACAAGAAGGAUGAGAAGGGUAUUGCCGUUGUCAUGCUCGCCGCGAAGACUACGAUGCUCGUCAUGUCAUUGCUCCUGUUCUCCGCGUUGGUUUCGCCUAUUUCGAUCGACGUGGGGGGCGCAGGGAUCAACUGCAGUCCCCCCGAGCUGAAGCCGUGCCUGGAAGCGCUUGUGUCAAUCUCCGAUAAGUUCCGCGAGAGGUUCCAGGAGGCCGAUACGGAGUUUGGAUCGGUUUUAUUUGAGCAUAAGGUGAUGGCGGAGGCGGCGAGGGAACUGAAAGGGCAAGCGGUGGAGGCGGCAGGCGUCGAGAGGUUGAAGGCGAGCUCGGCCGAGUUGAAGAGAGGAGUGGAGGUGUUUGAAGCCAUGGUGGAUGAGGUGUUUGGGGAGGUGGUUAGAGGGAGGAAUGAGAUGCUGGGGGUUUUCAGGGAUGGUGCCCUAGGUUUGGGCUCAUGAAAUUCACUGUUGUAUAAGUAACUUUGUGAAUACAUGCACAUGUAGUAUAUAUAUAGAAAAUGGAAUGCAAAACCCUAUUCUUCUUUUGAUUGUA